UCCUCAAAUGCAAAUAUACCUGUGUCGAAAGAGCAAACGACACACCUGACGCUUCCCAGGGGAUCUGGAAGGCCGAAGUCUCUAUUGUUCUAAAGCGUUUACUGUGCCAUGGCUCGACCACUCCCUGCAGUGACUGUGAAUUGAGGUUUCGCAUAUCCCGCCCUCCCCGGAGUUCUGAUACACAACGCCUCAUCUCAUAGCCUUUGGGAAAACCACCUCGCCUGUUGUGGCAAACGGGCAGUUUUAACCGGUCAACACCGUUUGUGGAUUUAUGUAAAAGUGUCAGAGGCUCGGGAGAUUGAGGGUAGGUGAAUUUCACAUACAUUAGGACACCGAAUUUACCGGGUUCACCUGUACAGACAUGAAGCCUUUUUUCCUGCUUGCCACAUUAUUGUGGUGUUUAGCUGCAAAUUUCUCCUGGGCAGCUAAGAUAGUGGUAGUUCCUCCAAUUAUGUUUGAGAGCCACCUGUAUAUAUUUAAGACCCUUGCCUCUGCUCUCCAUGCUGAGGGCCAUGAAACAGUUUUCCUGGUUUCCGAAGGUCGGGAGAUCCCACCUUCCAACCAUUAUCGUCUCCAGCGCUACCCUGGAAUCUUUAACAGCACCUCAGCUGAUGACUUCCUCCAAUCAAAAGUUCGCAACAUCUUUUCGGGGCGUCUCACAGCACUGGAGUUGUUUGAUAUCCUAGACCACUAUUCUCAAAACUGUGAUGCCGUUGUUGGGAGUGCUUCUGUCAUGGAACAGCUAAAACGUGAAAAUUUUGAUCUGCUGCUUGUUGAUCCCAAUGAGAUGUGUGGAUUUGUCAUUGCUCACAUCCUGGGUGUCCAGUACGCCGUAUUCAGUACAGGAUUAUGGUACCCUGCGGAAGUUGGGGCGCCAGCACCUCUGUCUUACGUCCCAGAAUUUAACUCUCUACUAACGGACCGUAUGUCUUUGUUGCAACGGGUAGCUAACACAGCAGUGUACCUGGUUUCCAGGUUUGGUGUCCAGUUCCUGGUUCUACCUAAGUAUGAUCGCAUCAUGAGGAAGUACAACAUCCAGCCAUCGGUGUCCAUGCACGAUCUGGUUCAGAACAGUCGACUUUGGAUGCUGUGUACUGACCUGGCACUGGAGUUCCCACGACCCACUUUGCCACAUGUUGUCUAUGUUGGGGGCAUCCUUACCAAACCCCCCAGCCCCUUGCCACAGGAGUUUGAAACCUGGGUGAAGAAUACAGAUGAACAUGGUUUCGUGGUGGUGUCGUUUGGUGCGGGAGUGAAGUAUCUGUCAGAUGACAUUGCUCAGAAACUUGCUGGAGCCUUGAGCCGUCUACCCCAGAGAGUCAUCUGGAGGUUUUCUGGAGUUCCUCCCCCAAAUCUUGGCAACAAUACUAAACUAGUGGAUUGGAUGCCUCAGAAUGACCUGUUGGGACAGACAAACACACGGGCCUUCUUGAGCCACGGGGGCUUGAACAGCAUCUAUGAGGCCAUGUAUCACGGUGUGCCCGUGGUGGGUGUCCCGCUGUUUGGAGAUCACUAUGACACCAUGACACGAGUUCAGGCCAAAGGCAUGGGCAUAAUGCUUGAGUGGAAAAGGAUGAGUGAGGAAGACCUUUAUACUGCCAUGGUUAAUGUCAUUACAGACAAUAGGUAUCGUGAGCGAGCGCAGUUGCUGUCUCAGAUUCAUAAAGAUCAGCCUGGUCAUCCAGUGAAUCGGGCCGUUUACUGGAUUAGCUAUAUACUCCGUCACCAUGGCGCCGAUCACCUCCGCACUGCAGUCUACGAGAUCCCCACCUACCAGUACUUCUUAUUGGAUGUUUUCAUUGUGAUAGGAGUGUGUCUGCUUCUUCUUGGCUUCUGCCUAUACCGAAUAGGCAAGUGCAUUCAAUCACGAGUGAGGCGCGGUUCAUCUCCAGGGGAAAAGGUGAAUGGACACUGUCAUAAUGGAAUUCUAAAUGGCAAGCACAAAAGAAAUGGCCAUGUUAAAAGUACAGAUAAGAAACUAAAGUAAAGCACUAGGAGAAAUCAACACUAACGCUUUACUAAAGAGAGGAAUUAACAACUCUUCACUCAGAGCAGGGCCUAUCCAGGAAAUAAAUACAUGGGUCAAUAAAGAAACAAAACAACCAUUAUAACAAUGAACUGUAAGUAGGAAGCCAAAGUAAGGAAGAAUGGAAGGAAACCUGAAAACAUAAAUGGAAAACUCCUGAGGAUGUUUUUUUUUUUUUCUCCCUGUUGAGUGGAGUUAAUGUUCUGUUGUUCAAUGGUCCUGAAUGUUGAGUUUAUCCUUGUGGGAAAAGGUUUUGAAAUGCUUUUGAAGUUUAGAAAUUAGUGGUUUUAACAAGAAGUUAUCAUGGGGCAUCAGGUUUCACUACAUCCAAAUACAAUAAAGAUCUCUAUUUAUAGAAAUUUCAUACUUUUUUGGGGCACAGAUCACUGUUGACUUUUGUGCACUGAACUUAAUUUAUGUUCCAUAUUUAUUUCUUACGCACUCCGUCCCUUCGUUUUCAUUUCUUAAGCAAAAUUAAUUCUUGGACAUUAGCAAGCUAGCAUAUUUGCUAAUGUUUAUGUUGCCAGCCUUGCCUUAAUCUUUAAAUAUAUCUAGCAUGUUUUGCAAACUUACAACUUCAUUCCUCAUAGAGAAAAAUCUGCACAAGCUAAUGCUGCUAGUUGCUAUUUUGCUAUCUAUGCAAAAUGCUAGAGCCUUUGUUGAGGAUAGUUAAACUUCAAAUCUUGCUUCCAUUUACAAUAAUUUGGGAUCCUUAGAGCCAGUAUACUGGUAUACUAACAUUCUUAGAGUAUCUUUACCACUUUUCCCCUUUUUGUUUUGUUAAUCUCAGCUCACGUCAUUUAAUGAAUUGAUAGCACAACUUUAGUUUCUCUUCAGAAGGGUGCAGAUCAUGCGUAACAUCCCUUUACACAGUCCUCCUGUUAGCAGAUAUGGGUUCAAAUAAGCAAAAUUAUACAUUUUAUUUGAAUUAAGCCAUUUACCCUAUUCUGUUGCUUCAUGGAUGUUUAGGUUUUAAAGUCUUCAGUUCAUCUUUACUGUAUGGUUUCUUUCAUUAAAGCUGCAGUCCGCAGCUUUUCCUCUUUGUCGCCAUCUCUGUUCGAAAUCUGUAAUUGCAGUUAUUCACGGAAUUAUCAACAGCACAGCGUGGAUGAACACAAUGUUUGAGGAGAGUGUGAGGCUGUCAGUCACCGUGCUGGUGUGGAUACUGACAUUCAGAAUCACAUAUUCUUUUUGGAAGCAUGACUAACAAGAAUUUUCAUUGGAAAAUGUAAUCUGAACAAGUAAGGAACAUCCACUUUUGGUCUGGUUCAGACAUUGCAGUAAAUUGCGCUGAUUAAAUCUAACAAUCGCUUAUCAUAUCACGCAAAACCGUCCAAAUUUACUUUGUUC